UUGAAAACCAAAGCACUCUCCGCAAGUCAACUCCUCCCCUCCAUUUCUCUCCUCUGCCUGACCUCCUCCUCCAUUUCUUCCUCUGAUAGCAUGCUGUAGCUUACUAUACUGCGAAACGGGGAAAAUAAAAACAAAAGAGUUUAAAUGGGUAACGGCGUGACGAAAGUCGGCUACUGCUUCGCCGGAGCCGGAGACAUAUCCCGCCGUCACGAUAUCGCCGUUAUUCUAACGAACCCGUUCCAUGAAGGCUUGGGCCAUUCCUUCUGCUACUUCCCACCCGACCAGUCAUGCUCCAAAAUCCACUCCCACGAGGACACCACUUUGUUCCGCUCCAUCUCCGGCGCCUCUGUCAGUGCCAACGCCUCCACCCCUCUGUCCACCUCCGCAGCCUUGACUGCCGAUACCUAUCCCUACAGUUCCUCCACCUUCGAGAGCUCAGGUACAUUUGCCUCCAUCCCCCUCCAGCCAGUCCCCCGCCGCUCGUUCCACGCCGGGUCAGGGCCUCUCUCGGGCGGUCUGGGUUCCGGUCUAAUCGAGAGAGGUUUCCUUUCGGGACCAAUUGAGCGUGGGCUGAAUUCGGGUCCGAUUGAUCGUGGGCUGAAUUCGGGUCCAAUCGGGAAAAGCAGCGACAAGUUGCAUAGAAGUUCCUCUCAUGGCGGAUUUGAAAGCACUGAAAUUAAAGAGAAACCUAAGAAACAUAGUUUGAUAAGAAGCUUCAAAAGGGUGAUAUCUAAAACGAUCUCUCGCGGUCGUAGAUCGAUUGUGGCGCCAAUAAGAAGCUUCAAAGAAUCAAUUUUGGAUAAAAAUGACAAAAAUCCCAGCAGUGGCAAUAAUUUGAGUGGUCAAGAGAGCUUCAACAGCGGAGACGGUGAUGAUGAAAAUGGUUUAUUCUCAAUGAAGAGCCAGAAUCUUCAAUGGGCACAAGGAAAAGCCGGCGAGGAUCGAGUCCAGAUUGUGAUCUCCGAACAACAUGGAUGGGUCUUUGUGGGUAUCUACGACGGAUUCAACGGUCCUGAUGCACCUGAUUAUUUGCUCACCAAUCUGUACCCUGCCGUUCAUAAAGAGCUUAAAGGGUUGCUUUGGAAUGAGUCUGCUGACAAUGAAAGCAAUGAUCAUCCUCUGCAAAAUGAGGAUCUCAAUAAUCUCAGUUCCAAUUCAGAAAGGAAGAGAAGAAAGAAUUCUGACAAGAAGAGGUGUAGAUGUGAGUGGGAUAUUGAGAGGAAAUUGAAGGACUUUGAAGGUAAAGGAGAAGUGACGCAUUCAGAUGUUCUGAACGCACUUUCGGAUGCUUUAAGGAAAACAGAGGAAGGAUUCCUGGAAAAAGCUGAUAAGAUGGUACUGGAGAAUCCUGAGUUGGCUUUAAUGGGAUCUUGUGUUCUUGUGAUGCUGAUGAAGGGACGAGAUGUUUACCUGCUGAAUGUUGGGGAUAGUCGCGCAGUUUUAGCCCGAAAAUCAUGUGAAAAUAAUCAGGACCUGGAAAGAAUUAGUGAGGAGUCUGACUGUGAUUUUGAAGAUGAAUUUGAUGGGUUUUUUAACUUGAGUUGCGAUCAGCUCACAAUGGAUCACAGUACAUAUGUUCAAGAGGAAGUUGACAGGAUCAAGCGAGAACAUCCAGACGAUGAUUCCGCGGUGUUUAAUGACAGGGUUAAGGGUUACUUGAAGGUCACUCGAGCCUUUGGUGCUGGUUUUCUCAAACAGCCGAAGUGGAAUGAUGCAUUAUUAGAGAUGUUCAGAAUUGACUACAUUGGAACCUCUCCAUACCUCACGUGUUCUCCAUCAGUUUAUCACCAUAGACUCAGUCCAGGAGACAGAUUUCUGAUCCUGUCAUCGGAUGGAUUGUAUCAAUACUUCACCAACGAGCAAGCCGUCGCCGAAUGUGAGUCCUUCAUCUCUGGAUUCCCAGAAGGAGAUCCCGCACAACAUCUCAUUCAAGAAGUAAUGUUCCGGGCAGCGAAAAAGGCUGGCAUGGAUUUCCAUGAAUUGCUUGAUAUUCCUCAGGGUGAUCGAAGGCGAUAUCAUGACGAUGUUUCCGUGAUUAUAAUCUCAUUAGAGGGAAGGAUAUGGCGAUCAUCUGUGUAAACACUACAUUGAGAUUUUGAUUGAAAUAUCAUACACAAACAUUUACAAAAAAAAAGAAAAAAAAAGAAGCAACUUCUUGCAUUACAACAAUUAGAGGCUCUAUUGUUUCAUACAUCUGGUUUGUGUUAAAGGGUACUCUAUCAAGUUUCAUCUUCUUUUUCUUUUGUAAUUCCUUAUUAAUUCUGGAAUUAAUAACUGAAAAUCUGUUAAGAA